CUUCUGGCUCCUUCCCUUCCCCAGCUGGUGCGCAUCGCCAAGGUCUUGGGCACCGAGGACCUCUAUGACUACGUUGACAAGUACAACGUGGAGCUGGACCCCCGCUUCAACGACAUCCUGGGCAGGCAUUCCCGCAAGCGAUGGGAGCGCUUCGUGCACAGUGAGAACCAGCACCUGGUCAGCACCGAGGCCUUGGACUUCCUGGACAAGCUCCUGCGCUACGACCACCAGGCGCGGCUGACGGCCCGGGAGGCCAUGGAGCACCCCUACUUCUAUCCGAUCGUGAAGGACCCGGCCAGGCUGGCUUCCUCCACUGUCCUUUCCUCAUCGAACACACCUGUCAGCUCGUCCAGCAUGUUGGCAGGAAUCGCCUCCAUGGCAGCCUCUCAGCCAAUGGGCAGCUUGGCCGCCUCCCCCGUCAUUGCCUCUCCGAAUGCGCUGGGCUCGCCAGUCCCUGCGGCCGCUGGAGCUCAGCCCUGACCACCGGGAAACCACGCCUGGCUUUGAGCACCGCCGUAGCCUCAGCUGUGGCCUCCUCCUCCUCCUCCUCCUCACCCCGCCUGCCCGCCUCUGCAUGGCGCUACUGACGCCCGGGGCGGGUAGGAGGACGGCCAGGCGUGGCAGGGCGGAGGGCUCCUGCAUCCGGAUCCCGAAUUCUUCUCUUUGUUUCUGUUGAGUGUGUCGAGGAGCCACCGCCGCCGCUGCUCUUCCGCCUCCUCUCCUCGGCGGGGCCACAAAGGCAGACUCUGGUUACAGGCAGAGGCUUCUACUCUGGGGUGAUAUGUGUCGAGUCCCGUCGGCUGCAUUCUUCCCAGGAGGGUCGUGGUUAGUGAUGCAGCUACAGUGUAGACACCUGAGCGGAGAAUAAAAUUUAUUUUCUAUGUCCCUACAAGGGGGAG